AUGAUGGCCUCACUGCAGGUCCGCGGCCCGGACUACUCGGCCACCAAGCAAAAGGCGUUCGAGGACGCCAAGAAGAUGCAAAAGGCUGUCAUCGAGGCCUGCAACAAGUCGGGCAAGGAGAUCCCUCAGUACCAGCUCUCCGAGCUCAUCGGCAAGGGCAGCUUCGGCCGCGUUUACAAGGCCAAGUCGCUCGCCUCGGGGCGCCUCGUCGCCGUCAAAAUCAUUGACAUUGAGGAGAGCGACACGGUCAACCCCAAGCUGGCCGACACCUACAGCGACCUGCUCAAGGAGAUCAACGCCCUGCAGCGCCUCAGCGACAGCGGCGCCAAGAACAUCAACCACGUCCUCGAGGCCCUGCCCGUCGGCCAGUCCAUGUGGAUGGUGACCGAGUACUGCGCCGGCGGCAGCGUCGCCACCCUCAUGCGCCCGACGGCCCCGGGCGGUUUGCAGGAGAAAUGGAUCAUCCCCAUCCUGCGCGAGGUCGCCGAGGCCAUCCACUGGGUGCACAGCCAGGGCAUCAUCCACCGCGAUCUCAAGUGCGCCAACGUCCUCAUCACCGAGGUCGGUGACGUCCAGCUUUGCGACUUUGGUGUCGCCGGCGUCAUUGAGACCAAGUUCGACAAGCGAACCACCUUUAUCGGGACACCGCACUGGAUGGCGCCCGAACUUUUCGAUGAACAGGCGUCGUAUGGUACCGAAGUGGAUAUUUGGGCUUUCGGUGCCAUGAUCUACGAAAUUGCCUCUGGUCUACCCCCAAACAUCGCAUUUGGAAUGGACUUUUCGAAACUAGGCACCCAUUUAAAACAACAUAGCCCGCGUCUGGAGGGUGAUUACUCUACUGGCUUGAAAGACCUCGUCGCUUACUGCCUACAGCAUGAUACAAGCAAACGGCCAACCAUUGAGCAAAUACAACGCCACAGAUACAUAUUGAAUACUGACAAGGAGUUCCCCACAACAGGACUCGCACACUUGGUUCGAGCAUUCAAGCUCUGGGAGGCUCAAGGCGGCGACCGCCGGUCUCUCUUCUCCGCCGGCGGCGCCCAGGGCUUGUCCGACCUUUCCCCCGCCGCCAUGGCAAACGAAGAAUGGAGCUUCAGCACAACCGCAGCAUUUGAUCAGCAGGUUCUGAACGACGGCGACGCGCAGGAUGUGUAUGACGUGUACGGGUCAGACGUUGAGUAUGCCCAGACCGAAUUCGAAACGACAAAGCCGCCAAAGCCCAAGUCGCGCCGCCGGCCGCCGCCGCAGCACCUUGCUGCCUUCAAGGCACCGCUGGAGAAGAUCUUUGACCCCAACACGCUGUCAAGCUACGAGGACAACUCGAGAGCGUACUACGGACGGAUGUUUCAACCGCCCCCGCCGCCUCAACAGCCCGCGACUGGAGUCAUUGGCAACGGAUCGGAUUUGCCGCUGCGUGAUGACAGUGCACAGGCAACAGAUGUGCGAGAAUCGCUGAUUGACCUGGACUUCUCGCUCCACGGGAGCGACCUCUCGCAGUUUGUCGACAUGACGACGAUGCGAGCUGGCGAGGCACGGCCUCUCGACUUGCGCGCCUCCCUCGAGUAUGAGUUCAUCGACUCGCAUUACACCUCGGGACCCCUCAGCGACCCGGCCGAUCUGAGCGCCAACAACCGGCUGACGCGGGAGUGGAAGUUCCCCAGCAUGGCGGCGCCGCCCGCCUCUGCCAACCCCGAAGUAUUUCGCUUCCCGUUCCACAACACCCCGCCCGCGCCCGACUCUGGUGGUAGCGGCAGCGGCCGGCCGGCGCUUCUCCACCGCCCGACGGAGCCCGUGCUGCCGUCGGCCGGCUUCCACGACAUGGCCGCUGGCGCGCAUCACGGGCAGUUUGACCACCGCGCAUCCGUCGGCUCGCUGAUUGAUCUCGAUAUGAGCUUCGCGGACCCCAUCGCGGCGGACGCGACGCGGCCCUCGACGUCGCACUCGGACGUGGGCUCCAUGAGCGGCUCCGAGAUGGGCGGCCCGACCAACAACCCGUUUGAGCUCGAGAAGCAUGCCUCGCUGUACGUGAUGCCCGCUACUGCAGGCGUCGCCACAUCGACGCGUGAGCCCUCCAUCUACGUCUCCGACGGCUCCGAGUUUUCCUUUACCGGCGGCCACGAGUCCAUCACCACCGUCGACGACCGCUUCAGUAUGCACAAGCGCGACGCCUCCGUUUCGAGCGACCAGCCGGGCACCACGGCCGCAAACGCCCGCCCCUACUCCCUCAGCGACUUUGCCGACACGGAGCCCGAAUCGACGACGCCCCCGCCCCAGACGGCCCUCGUCAGACCCCAACAACAAAGCGGCGGCAGCUUCCCGGCCGCUACCUUUCAGCCGCCCACACAGCCGUUGCAACAGAAACAGCAGCAGCAGCAGCAGCAGCAGCAGCAGCAGCAGCAGCAGCAGCAGCAACACUCACUCUCAGAGAUCUCGUCGACGGACUCCGCGCCAGGACUCCCCGCGCUGCCAGCGGCUCCCGCGCCGCAGGUGCUGCAGGGCCAAGCCCAUACCGACGCUGUCAAGUACGAGCUGCGGCGUAUGGCCAUGAGCUUGGGCGACCACCUCAACUUUGCCAACAACUACCUGUCCAGCCUCCCUAUUCGGCGCGGCAGCACAAUACGCGUGGAGUCUUACGGCGAGGAAUCGUAG